AAUCUUCGGCAAACAUUAUACAGGCAAUCAAGAUAACAUACUCAGAAAUGUAUUGUAUACUGGAGAUUUAGAGUAUAAAAGAGAAAAGGUGCAGGCAUAUUCAUUAUUAAGACAAUAUGAAUUAUCUUUCAGUCAGUCUUUUUAUCGCUUCUGCGAUUUUCGUGCAAUCCUACGAAUGUGCGAAAGUUGAACCACAGGUGAAAGUUGUUGAUACCGACACUUGGUAUUACAACAAAGAGUACGUCAAUGCACUGAAGUACAUUGUAACAAAGGGAAAUGCUACCUAUAAUCACAUAACAUUACAUUGGGAUCUUAAAAAAGAUCUGCCAGCAGAUCUGAAACUUGUCAGUAAAGUAUACGUUACGGAUUCAUCUUACAAAACUGGACAUUUGCUUCUUAUUGAUGAUACACCAGUCUGCGUAAAAAGCGAUCAUUAUGAGUUACUGCCAAAAGUAUUGAUCGUUGACGAAUCUCUGUUGAACGGAAAAUGCAUUAAAAAAGGAGUUUACGACAUGGAAGACAUGGGCCAAUUGAGAUUUGAACAACUGAUUCCGGAUCUUCACAAAGAAGGAAAUUAUUACAAAGUUGAUUACAGGCUUGGCACUGAUACCGAAAUUGUACUUAUCGUAACGUUCUACACUGAGUGGGGCUACUUAAAAGAUUAUUAAAUAAAAAUCAAUUGAUGUUUACGAUAAAUUGUACAGGUUCAAAUGACCAAAACACUAGCAUACAUGAAAUAAAAAAAUAUGAGCAUU